CUACAACAGUCACACUCGCCAGAAAUGGGUUAAAUUCUGUGUGGUCGCCUGCAGCACCCAGAAGUGAACAGCAGGCGACCCGGAAGGCUUGGAGUCCGACCCGAUACAGCCUCAACGGGACUCCAUCCUUUAUCAAAAAAUCUCUUUCCCGGACUGGUUCAGGAUGGCUGAACCUCGUUUUAACAGUCCAUACUUCUGGCCUCCACCUCCUGCAGUUCACGGACAGCUGGAUAACCUAGUCUUGAUCAAUAAAAUCAAGGAACAGCUGAUGGCAGAGAAGACGCGGCCUCCUCACCUCUCCCCCGUCUCAGAAGCGUCCCAAGUGCCUCUCCUGUCUCCGCCCACUCAGGUCGAAGGUCACGGGACGUCCAAGAACCAGACAUUGCCCCCCCCCCAGCCCGGCCACGGCCCCCCCCAGCCCGACAUUGCCCUGCAUGCCCGGCCCGCUUCCAGCUCUGUCACAGGGCGUAUCCUUGGAGAUGUGAAUUUGAACCUUGAUGAUAAAUCCGCCAUAAAAGCCAGAGGAUUGUGGGAAGACUGGCAUUUGAGACAACUCAUAGACCAUCCCUCACGGACCAACCACGUAUCAGGUGUGGCCCUCGCGUCUCGAACCGGUAACCUCAACACUUCUGACAUUAUCAGCCCGACCACGCCACCAUCAGGCACCCACAGUCGUUUGGGUGGGGCUCCGGGGGCCCACCUGAUCCCUGGACUGGCCCCCGCCCACUGCAUGGAGCCUGGGAAAAACCCUGGAGGGCUGGUGGGACUGCUGGGCCCCCCUCCCAAAGUCGAGAGGGGCCAUAAAAGGAUUAAAGCAGAGAACGGUUCUUCUGUGUUUGUGGUGCCCUACCCCAUCUUAGCUUCAGGCAACGAGCAGUCCUGUGUCACCAUCACGGCCAAAGAGGGGAGGACCUACAGGUGCAAAGUGUGCCCCAUGACCUACAUCUCAAAGUCAGACAUGCAGUUACACUCAAAGACACACACUGAAGCCAAACCGCACAAGUGUUCACAUUGCUCCAAAACCUUCGCCAACGCUUCGUACCUGUCCCAGCACCUGCGCAUCCACCUGGGAGUCAAACCGUACCGCUGCUCUUACUGUGAGAAGUGUUUCCGACAACUGUCCCAUCUGCAGCAGCACACCAGGAUCCACACAGGAGACCGGCCCUACAAAUGUAUCCACCCAGGCUGUGGCAAAGCGUUCACUCAGUUAUCUAAUCUCCAGUCACACCAGAGACAGCACAACAAAGACAAACCCUUCAAAUGUUCAAACUGUUAUCGUGCCUACUCGGACUCUGCCUCCCUUCAGAUCCACCUGUCUGCUCAUGCCAUCAAGAACGCCAAAGCCUACUGCUGCAGCAUGUGUGGCCGCGCAUACACCUCAGAGACGUAUCUUAUGAAGCACAUGACGAAGCACACGAUGGUUGAACACUUAGUUUCUCAUCACCACUCGCCCAUUCACCGGACAGAGUCUCCCUCCAUCCCCAUUCGCAUCGCCCUGAUCUGAGCCACGACACAACCAACUCUGCUCUGGUAUAAAGACUUAUCUGGACAAACGCUGCACAAUGUAAUACACAUUUACAACUAUUCAAAACGAUUCAACUAUUGGCAAAAUGUAUUAUCUUGAUAUUUUUCUAGAUAUUUUCGUAAUCCAUCCUAAUUGUGCUAAAAUUAAUAUGUAAAUGUUUCAGUUGAGGUUCAGGUCUUGCAUAUAGUGAUCAAUGCACUGUAAAAUGAACCCCAAAGUAGCAGAAAUGUCACCUUAAAAAAUAUUUGUUUGAAAGAUCUCCACCCUUAUAUUUGAAUAUUAACUAAAUCACAAUUGUAAAGUAAAAGCUUAAAUUAAACUUCACAUUUAUGAAGCAAUACAAUGCUGUAGAUAUGGGACAAAAUCUAAACAUAUAAAAUAAAACUGAACCAAAACUAAAGUAUUUGUAAUAUAUUGUGUGGCCCUAGGGUUUGACUGGAUCCAAAAACAAUGCCACAUUUUACCAGUAACAAAGGGUGCUCUUUUAUUUCCAUUUCUGUAUUUGUUGAUUAACGGGACUGGCACGUGUCAGAUAUUGUGGAAAAGUUCAGUGACUCUUAGAAGUUUAAUCAAAAUGUGAGAGGGCUCCUGCAGUAUAAAGUUAAUUUGUGUGUUUGUUAUGAUGAUAGUGGCUGUAAGCAAUGAUUAACUGUAUAUUUUAGAGGGAUUAGAAGUCGAGGAUUUCUUUGUCGUAGCUCAAAACCUGGAUGAAUGGAGAAGGUUGCGUCAGUUAUGACAUCCAGCAAAAAACAUGCCACUUAAAUAUGAGUCAAGAGACUUUUCCACAAUAUUCCAGUUGUAUUAACUUUAACAUCCAAAGAUGAUUUGCAGCACUUUCUAGCCUGCAAAAACAGGCUUUAAACAUGUUAGUGUACAUUUGAAAAAAGUAAAAAAUGCCCAAGGCAGCUAGUAGAAGAUACUAACAUUUUAUGUUAUGAUAACUCUUUUUAUACUACCUGUUAUUAGUUAUUAAAUAUACUAUAUUUGCAUAAUGAAGAAACAUCUUCCUCAAGCUGUGUACAAGUGGCUUGAGAAAAGAGAAUGUACUGUUAAUGGUGUACAGAGUAUUGUACUAUAAGUAUAUAUUAGACACUUUUGGACUAAUUUACUAAUCAUUACCAAAAUGCACACUUUAUUUUAUUCUUUUUACACUUUCAUUUUGUAUAUCUGAGGUAUGUACAUGCACAAGUCAAUUGGCAAAUCUUACAGGUCCCAUAUUACACAAAGUGAACUCUUGUGAGCUUUACUCAUGUUAUAAUGCUGUUAUCUCCUCAAGACUUAUCUGGGUUUGUAUUUUGUUUCAUUCACACACAUUUGAGUAACAUGUUAUUAUUAGACUGUCCACAUUUCCAAAGCUCAGAAUGCUCUGUUCCACCCUGUGAUGUCAUGAAGCUGUAGUUUUAAAGUUACAGCUACAUUUUACCUUUUGUUCAGUACAGACUGGCUGAAAUCAUCCAAAUGAUUCUAGUGAAGCUGUAUGGUGUUUAAAAACACAGUGGAGCAGUUGUAUUACCACAUGACAUCACAAGGAGUGUCUUCUGUUUGAGAGAAGAACUCAACCUAAAUUGUAGGUUUUGUGCUUAAACUUGUGUAUAUUUUUGGAUAUAUUUUGGAUGAGCAAACAACAUUAUAGCAUAGAUCAGAAAAUAGCGUAAUAUGGGCCCUUUAAUGUUGGUUUGACAAUUUAAAACCAUAGCUGUCUAUUCUAUGUUUCCCGCCUUAGUCCCAAAGUAGCGGAGAAUGUCCUAAAAUCCCCCAAGUGCACUGAACCAAUUCAGAUUGAUUGGAUUUUUUGUUUAACAAGAUCAUGGUCAUUAUGCUACACUAUUGCAAUUAUGGAAAUGGAAAAACUGACAAUUGUCCAAAGUAUUUCCUGCCUUAGGCCCAAAGAUGACCAAAUAAAUAUGUUAAAAUACUUUUGGAUAACAGCAAGAGUCUGAAUGUACCGAGUCUACUCAGUAUUAGAGGUUCAUCUUUGCUCAAAUCUGUCAAUCACAUUGUAUGCAAACAACUUCCAAAACAUACUACAGUGUAACUGUAUUUGUAUCAUGUUACUGUUUUCUGUCAAAACGUUUGAGAUUAUUUUGAGUUUUUGAAUAUUUUGAACAUUGUUUUUAAAUUUGCCACUGCAGUAUUAAUAUUAAUCCUUCAAAUAAGCCUUACGUUUUCUACCAUUUUUAAGUCCACUUUAUUUUAAGUAGUCUUUUAUGACAUAGCAUGCUAUACUGUAAAUACAUCAUAUCUGUUUUUGUUUUAUAAUAAAUAUUUAUAUACUGG